AUGAAACAAGCAGAAAAGGAAGACGUUGCUCAACAAGAGGAAGAGGAAGUUGAACUCGAUGGACCUACUCCAAUUAAGGCUCUUGAGGAAAAAGGUAUCAACGCCGGUGACAUAAAAAAGCUUGAAGAGGCUGGUUAUCAUACAGUAGAGGCUGUUGCCUUUACACCAAAGAAGAUGCUCAUCAAUGUCAAAGGUCUUAGUGAGGCUAAGGUUGAUAAGAUAGUCGAAGCUGCUUAGAAGAUAGUCAAUUUAGGAUUUCAAACGGCAUCUACUUACUUUGAAAAAAGACAAAGUAUGGUUCACUUGACAAGUGGUUCGUCCUCUCUAGACCAGCUACUAGGUGGAGGAAUUGAAACAGGAUCAAUAACUGAAAUAUUUGGAGAGUUCAGAACUGGUAAAACUCAAAUCUGUCAUACCCUAUGUGUCACAUGCUAGUUGCCUAUUAGCAAAGGAGGAGGUGAAGGAAUGGCAAUGUAUGUUGAUACAGAAGGUACUUUUAGGCCUGAAAGACUCAUUCCUAUUGCCAAAAGGUUCGGUCUAGAUGAGUAGCAAGUGCUCGACAAUGUGGCAUAUGCAAGAGCACAUAACACUGAUCAAUAGAACAAGUUACUGAUUCAGGCUGCUGCUUUAAUGGCUGAAAACAGAUUCGCUCUGCUCGUAAUUGACAGUGCUACUGCUCUUUACAGAACUGAUUACAGUGGAAGAGGUGAGCUUUCUGCUAGACAGAUGCAUCUUGCAAAGUUCCUUAGAACUCUCCAAAGAAUAGCAGAUGAGUUUGGAGUGGCAGUGGUAAUUACUAACUAGGUGGUGGCUCAAGUCGAUGGUUCUGCUAUGUUUGCAGCAGAUUCCAAAAAGCCAAUCGGAGGCCAUAUUAUUGCUCAUGCUUCAUGCACCAGACUUUCACUCAGAAAGGGAAGAAACGAGAGCAGAGUCUGCAAGAUAUAUGACUCCCCCUGUUUGCCAGAAGCUGAGGCCAUGUAUGCUAUUACCAAUGAUGGUAUCGAUGAUUAUAAGGACUGA